AUUCAGUCGAGACAAUUCGGAAACAGCUAUCAUCAUGGGAGAACAUCCAAACACCUCACUCGUGGUGCGCGUGCCCGAAGGCGGAUCACCGAAGCUGGUGCUCGAGGAUCUGCCCCGACCUUCUCCAGGCCGUGGACAGGUCCUCGUGAAAUUGUCGCAUGUGGCGCAGAACCCGACAGAUAUUCAAUCAUUCGAGUCGAAUGCUUUCGGAGAUGGCGCGGUUCUCGGAUGCGAUUAUGUCGGCGAGGUCGUUGAGUUGGGAGACGGCGUUAGUCGACUGGCGAAGGGCGAUGUCGUGGCAGGACUUAUAUGGGGAGGCGAGAUCAAGGGCCUAGGAGGCUACAGCAGCUACAGCAUCGCUGACGAGAAUAUCUGCUUCAAGCUUCCUGUCGGGCUGUCCAGAGAGCAUGCCAGCACGGUGCCUCUCGCGGCGACAACUGCGUGGCUGGCUCUCUUCUCGAAAGACUCCCUCGGUCUGGAUCGCUCCAAUGCCGCCGGCACCGGCGUUCUCGUCUGGGGUGGAAGCUCCAGCGUUGGCCUCUACACCGUCCAGCUCGCCUCGCUGUACGGCUUCGAGGUAAUCGCGACCUGCAGCCCCCGUCACGCCGAUUUAGUCCGAUCCUACGGUGCCAAGCAUGUCUUCGACUAUCGGGACGAGAAAGUCAUCGAGAAGAUUCAAGCCACGGUGCCGAACCUCAAACACGUGUUCGACACGAUCGGUAAUCAGUCCUCCUCGACCCUCUCCUCGCAAGCCACGCAGAAGAACAGUCGUCUCUGCACGGUACGCCCGGGGAAGGCGAAUACCGAGAACGUCACGGCAGACACUCGUGUCACCGACGUCUUGGUCUGGACGGCGUUCUUGAAAGAUCAUAGAUAUGGCAAAUUCCAUUGGCCGGCCUCGAAGCAUGACCAUGAGCUGUCGCGUGAGCUCUUUGAGAACCUGCCCAAAUGGUUGAGUGAUGGGACUAUCAAACCUAGCGAACCGAAGGUCUAUGAGGGCUUGAAGUCGGUGGCCGAUGGUUUUCAGGAGUACCGAGAUCGCAAGAUCUCGGCAUAUAAGAUUGUGUACAGGGUUUGAAUGGGUCGCAACAUUCGCGUAAAGAGAUAAAUACUUUAUACAUUGAAUUCAAUCUCAGGUCUUUAGCGCUCAAAAACGGGCAUCUAAGAACUAGUCAUCUUUGACCUCGUCAGAGCUUCGGGGUUUGUCCGGCUCGGUUGGCAUACUUAUCCGAUGCACAAUACGGGCCCAUCGCCUUCGCCUCCAUUCUCCCAUCGCGUUGGAUCCAAUACCUCCCUUCUCUUCGUAGUCCUGCGAGGCUCGCCCCUUCAUCUUCUUCUUU